AUGGAGAGACAGGGGAAAAGGACGAGAGACCAGUUGGGAGUUUUGCUUGAUGAAAGAUAUAAGAAUAGAGAAAAAGAAAAUGAAAUAAAAUUAUUUGAAAAUAUUAAAACAGAUAUUAGUAUAAUAAUAAGUGAACAACUAAAAAAGAGAUCAAAAAGUGAGUUUGAAUUGACAACUAUUGAAAAGAAAUAUGUUUACUUAAAAUAUAUGACAGAAGAAUUAGAAAAAAUAAUUAAGUCUGAAGAUAAUGAAUUAAAAAAUGAAGAAGAAGUAAUAAAAAAUUAUUUUGAAUAUACAAGUACAAAUUUAAAUUAUAUAUUUAUAAAAUAUAAAAGUAUAGUUACUGAUUUGUCUGAACAAAAUAAUAACAUGAAAUUAAAAUUGAAAGAAGUGAAAGAAAAUGAAAUAAAUGAAUAUCGAAAAUGUUAUGAGCUUAUAAAAGAGAAGACUGAAAAAUUAAAAGAAGUUAAGAACAGUAUUAUUGACAUUAGAAAUAAAUUAUGUGAUUUAAAAAAGGAGUAUGAAUAUCUUAUAAAAAAUAUAAAAAUAAAAAGCGAAGAAAAAGAAAAUAUUGAAAAAAAUUAUAAAGAGCUACUAAAAAAUAUAGAAUAUUAUAAAAAAGAAUUUGAAAAUAUAAAAGAAUGUUGUAAUUUAAAAAUGAGUGAAAAAAAAGAAACAUCUAUAAAUUUAAAUAUAGUAGAAAAAGACAUACAAGAUAUAAAUAAUGAAAUUGAUAAAUUGAUAGUCGAUAAAAAAAAAGUUAGUAGUGAGCUAGCUAAUUUAGAAGAAGAUAAUAAUAAUAUUUUAAAAAAAUUAUUUGAUUUUAAUUCAAAUUUAAAUGAAAAAAAUAAUAAACUAUCUGAUGAAAUAUGUGAAAUAGGAAAUAAAAUAAAUGAAUUAAAAAAUAAAAAAGAAAUAAAUGAAAAUAAUUACACACAACUUGAAUUAAAAUUAAAAGAUCUUACAAAAAUAUGCGAAAAAAAAAAAAGAGAAGAUGAGGAAAUUUCACAAAUAGUGAAAGAGGUUAGUGAAACUUUAAUAAAUAAUAUAAAAAUUUUUAAAGAAAAAGACAUAGAAUCAGUUAAUUGUCAAAAUGAAUAUAAAAUAAUAAAAGAAAAUAAUUUAGACAAAAUAAAUAGAUCUAACUUACUAAAUAAAAAAAUAGAAGAAGGGAAUAUAUCUAUAAGUAGCUCUAAAUGUAAUAUUGAAAAAUUGAAAACAGAAUUAAUAAAUAUUGAUAAAAUUAAAGAAGAAAAUGAAAAAAAAAAAUCGGAACUUUUAAGCUUAAUAGAGAUAUCAGAAAAAUUAUUACAAGAAGAAAGAAAUAAUUUUUUUAAGAUUUCAAAAUUUUUUAAUUUAAUUUCUUUAUUAAAUGAAGAAUAUAUAAAACUCCAAAAUAAGCAAAACGAUAAAUGUUGUGAUAGCAAUAUCAUAAAAAAGUACAAAGAGUUGGAAGAAAAUUUAAGCACAUUAUGUAAAGAAAUAAAUGAAAAAAAAAAUUUAAUUGAUAAUGUUAUUCAAAAUGAUAUAAAUACUAUUAAAAAUUCAUUUGAAAAUUUUGAAAUAAAUUUAAUUUCCUCUAAAGAAGAGAAAAAAAAUGUUCAAGACAAACUUGAAGUAUUAUUGAGUGACUAUAAAGCAUAUGAAAAAGAAUUAGACACAAAUAAUAUGAAUUAUGAAAAUAAAAUAAAAGAAAUAUCUUCAGAUUUAGAUAUAAAAUAUGAACAGCUUACUGAAACAUUAGCUAGCCAUUUAAAAACCAAACAUAUAGAGCAUAAUAAAUUUUUAAAACAAGGAGAAAAGGAAAAACUCGAAUUUAAUUUUCAGUUAUAUAAAUCGGAAGUUAUUUUGCAAUUAGAAAAAGAAAAGGAAGAAAAAAAAAACAAAAUUGAAGAAAUACGUAAAGAGUUAAAAGGGUAUCAACAAAAAUAUGCUUCUCUGAAGGCGUGA